GCGCUGGGCGGAACUGGGCGGGCCGCCGGGGUUCCCAGCACCUGGGUGAGGUCUCGGCCGCCCCGCCCCCCAUCCCGCACUUCCUUGUGUGACGGUACCCGGAGCAAAAGGCGACCGGAGCGGCGGUGUCCGGGCCCCGGAACCGAACGAGAGAGGGAACUCCCCCGGCCCCAGAGCAGAGGGAUCCUGGGGCUUUGAGAUCCUACCAACCGGAGCGAAGAGAAACCCCCUCCCCAUACAAGAGGUCCACUCCCCCUCCCCUCCCCCUCCCCCCCCUCCCGGAGCCGAGAGACUUCUGGGCCAAAAGAUAGCCUGCACGCCGUGGUCCAGCAGAACCGAGAGACUCUCGGAGAGAAGAGACUACUUGGACGGAGCGAUCCCCCGACUCCUGGGGCGCAGAGACCCCACGGACCCAGAGGUUCUCACACCUCCUCCCCGCCCCAACUCUUAGGGUGCAGAGACCCCCAAAGGACUGAGCGAUCCCUCCGCUCCCGGGGCGAAGUCACUCUGGGAACCCACUGAUCCCUCCACUCCCGAGGCAGAGACACCCCAGAGACUAAGCGAUCGCCGCACUCACCCGGCGGAACUAGCACCAGGACUGAGACUCCCCCCAACCUCCUGAGCGCCAAGUUCCUGAGGACUGAGAGAUUGCCGCCCCCUCCUAGAGCGCCGAGACGGACCCUAGGGCUCACGACACUCCCCAAAGCCGAGAGCCAGAGACUUCACCCUCGCGAUUCCCCCCACCUCUCUCUGGAGCGCCGAGACUCCCCUGGAACUAAGAGACAGACCCCCACCCCCAGCCUUCUCUCCACCCCCGGAACUAAGAGGAGAGACUCUCCACCCUCAAUUCUCCUCCAUCCCCUCCCGCCUAGUCCCAGAUCGUGAGGGGGCCGUGAGAACGGACAGCAGAGACCUCCCCAACCUGAGACCACUCCUCGCCCCAGAGCAGAAAGCUCUCCCAGACUCCUUCGGGGGUGUUGUCCGGGAUAAGCCCUCGAAGGCGAAGAAGGCUACCGGGCCUGGAGAGACCCCUCAUCCAAGAGAGACAAUCCCCCUUUCUUGGCCACCGGAAGGAUCGAGAGCCCUUGUAUUGCUGGUCCAUGAUCUCACUCCAAGAUUAGCAACUCCAACUUUGUCACCAAGUGGGUGUGUGACUGGUGUGAUCAGCCAUGGCCCCAUUCCUACGCAUCUCCUUCAACUCCUAUGAGCUCGGAUCCCUUCAGUCUCCUGAGGAAAACUGUCAGCCGUUCUGUGCUGUCAAGAUGAAGGAAUCCCUGACCACAGAGAGAGGGAAGACGCUGGUCCAGAAGAAGCCCACCAUGUACCCAGAUUGGACAUCGACAUUUGAUGCCCACAUCUAUGAGGGACGGGUCAUCCAGAUUGUCUUGAUGAAGGCAGCGGAGGAGCCCCUGUCGGAGGUGACAGUGGGCGUGUCUGCACUGGCCGGAGGUGCAAGAAGAACAAUGGCCAAAGCUGAAUUCUGGCUGGACCUGCAACCUCAGGCCAAGGUACUCAUGUCUGUCCAGUAUUUCCUGGAAGAUACAGAUUGCAAGCAGUCCUUGAGGAUGGAGGAUGACAGUAAAUUUCCUACCAUGAACCGGCGGGGGGCCAUCAAGCAGGCCAAGAUACAUUAUAUCAAGAACCAUGAGUUCAUCGCCACUUUCUUUGGUCAGCCCACCUUCUGCUCAGUCUGCAAGGACUUUGUCUGGGGCCUCAACAAGCAAGGCUACAAAUGCAGACAAUGUAACGCAGCGAUCCACAAGAAAUGCAUCGACAAGAUCAUUGGCCGGUGCAAGGGCACAGCGGCCAAUAGCAGGGACACCAUGUUCCAGAAGGAGCGCUUCAACAUAGACAUGCCACAUCGCUUCAAGGUGUACAAUUACAUGAGCCCCACCUUCUGUGACCACUGUGGGAGCCUGCUUUGGGGACUGGUGAAGCAGGGCUUAAAGUGUGAAGACUGUGGGAUGAACGUACAUCACAAGUGUCAGAAGAAAGUGGCAAAUCUUUGCGGCAUCAACCAGAAGCUCUUAGCUGAAGCAUUAAACCAAGUCAGCCAGAAAUCUUCCCGGAAGUCAGACACGGGGUCCACAGAGAGUUUUGGCAUCUACCAGGGCUUUGAGAAGAAAGCAGGGACUGUUGGGGAAGAUGUGGCAGAUAAUGGGACCUAUGGGAAGAUCUGGGAAGGUAGCACGCCCUCCAAGUUCAACAUUGACAGCUUCACGUUCCACAAAGUCUUGGGCAAGGGCAGCUUUGGGAAGGUGCUGCUGGCUGAGCUGAAGGGAAAGGGUGAGUUCUUUGCAGUGAAGGCUCUGAAGAAAGAUGUCGUUCUCAUAGAUGAUGAUGUGGAGUGCACCAUGGUGGAGAAGCGAGUGCUGGCACUCGCUUGGGAGAACCCAUUCCUGACGCACCUUUACUGCACUUUCCAAACCAAGGAUCACCUGUUCUUUGUGAUGGAGUUCCUCAAUGGAGGGGACCUGAUGUUUCACAUCCAGGAUAAGGGACGCUUUGACCUUUACCGAGCCACGUUUUAUAGUGCUGAGAUCCUGUGUGGUUUACAGUUCUUACACAGCAAAGGCAUCAUUUACAGGGACCUCAAACUGGACAAUGUGAUGCUGGAUAAAGAAGGCCACAUCAAGAUCGCCGACUUUGGGAUGUGCAAGGAGAAUGUGGUGGGAGAACAGGCCAGCACAUUCUGCGGUACACCAGACUACAUUGCCCCUGAGAUCCUGCAGGGCUUGAAGUAUACAUUCUCGGUGGACUGGUGGUCCUUCGGCGUCCUCCUGUAUGAGAUGCUCAUUGGGGCAAUCCCCUUUCCAUGGGGAUGAUGAGAUGAGCUCUUUGAGUCCAUCCGGGUGGACACGCCCCACUACCCGAGAUGGAUCACCAAGGAAUCAAAAGACAUCUUGGAGAAGUUGUUCGAAAGGGAUCCACUAAGGCUGGGGGUGACAGGUAACAUCAAAGUCCAUCCAUUCUUCAAGACUAUCAACUGGACUCUUCUGGAGAAGAGGGAAGUGGAUCCCCCUUCAAGCCCAAAGUGGUAAGUGAAGUCUGCGGGUGACUACAAAUUUGAUCGUGAGUUCCUAAGUGAGAAGGCCCGCCUAUCCUUCAGUGACAAGAACCUCAAUCGAUUCCAUGGGACCAGACAGCCAUUUGCUGGCUUCUCCUUUGUCAACCCCAAAUUUGAGCGACUCCUGGAGAAAUGAGUGUUAAACUUCUGCAGCCCACCCCUUGGUCAAAAGCCACCAGUGCUAGCUAGCUAUGUGUACUGGUCUCCCAGGGCAAACAGGGCUGGGAUCUCUCCCAGCCUCCUCUCAGCCCUCUCCUGGGCCCCAUAAUAUGCAACAGUGUGAUUGUAAUUAUUUCCCCAGCUGCCUCCAUGUCCUCAGGCAGCAGGUCUUUUGCAUGGUUGGGGUUUUAGGUACCUUCCUCUGUGAAUCAUGUGUGAAUUUUAUGCUCCUCUGGUCGAGGAGGGAGAUUGUAAAUCCCAUGUUUUGUUACUUGAAUGUAGUUAUCUAUUAAAAAUAUAUAUAUAUAUAUAUAUACACAUAUAUAUACAUAUAUAUAUGAAAAGCUGUAUAUAUUGCUCCAUAGAGAAGAAACAUGUAAGGGAACUGGUAAUGUGUUAACUUUUUUAUAAAAACCCACAAAGUCCAAACAUAAACCAUAAGAUCUCUCGGUUCUUUUAUUUAUGUCUCUAAUAAUAAA